GUCGAUCGUUUUUGCGUGCUCAAGUAGUGUAAGUAUUUUCAGAUUUGCCGUAUGGGGAAGGGAAAGAAGAAGGCUAGGGUUCCGGUGGAGAAUUUUGAGGAAGACGCCGACUCCGAUGACGUAGAAAUGAAUGAAAAUGAUGAGAGUGUGAACGGAUCUUCUUCUCGCGAGAAGAGCCUUUAUGAGAUUCUUGGGGUUGAGACAACAGCAUCCCAGCAGGAAAUAAAGAAGGCAUAUUACAAGUUAGCUCUGCGACUUCAUCCUGAUAAGAAUCCUGAUGAUGAGGAAGCAAAAGAGAAAUUUCAGCAGUUGCAAAAGGUGAUAUCAAUUCUUGGUGAUGAGGAGAAACGGGCACUUUAUGAUCAGACUGGCUGUGUUGAUGAUGAUGACCUGGCAGGAGAUGUUGAUAACUUGAAGGAGUUUUUCCGAGCUAUGCAUCCAAAGAUUACUGAGGCUGAUAUUGACAAGUUUGAAGCAAACUAUAGAGGAUCCAAGUCGGAGAGGACAGACUUGAUUGAUCUAUACAAGAAGUAUAAGGGUAAAAUGAAGAGGCUAUUUUGCUCCAUGAUUUGCUCUGAUAUCAAACUAGAUUCACAUCGCUUCAAAGAUAUUCUGGAUGAGGCUAUAGCAGCAGGGGAGAUAAAGUCAACCAAAGCAUAUGAGAAAUGGGCAAAGGAAGUGUCUGAAACAAAACCGCCUACAAGCCCAUUGAAACGUAGACAAAAAUCAAAGAAAGAACCAGACGAUUUGUUUGCUAUUAUUUCUCAGCGACAAAAUGAACGGAGGGGCAAAAUGAAUUCUAUGUUCUCAUCUUUGGCUAGCAAAUACGGUGGGGAUCCAUCCGUGACAGAGCCAAGUGAGGAAGAAUUCGAAGCUGCUCGAAGAAGACUGGAGAGUAGGAAGCAAUCUAAGCGAAAGUAACUUUUAUAUAAUGCAACCUCUACACCAAGCUGCAAAAUGUUAUUUAUUGCUGUGUUUUCUUGUACUUUGCCAUUAUGUAUUAGGUUGUGCUUCUUUGCUGCAAGGAUUAUAAGUCUUAAGAUAAUUGCUAAUCGUAUAUCUACUUUGCUUAAAA